CAAUCCUUGCCAAUAGUUUGGGACCUCAGCUUUUGGGGUCCCAAUUGCUACUAAUAGCAUCUUUUUAGCAUAACACAGGCAUCUUAAGUUCAUUGGCAUCUACAUAAUACUAACCUACAGUGGCAGAAAGUUGAAAGUGACUUUGGUGCAAUACAAUUCGUAAGGAUUUCUGUAAGCGACUUCUCAUUUGAUCUCGGACAUGUGCUAUUCCGUCGCAGUGAUGAUGAUCGGAGCUGAACCCGCUUAACAUUAAGGGAUCAUUUAACUCUAGCUCCUUCCACAUUACAAGUCCCUCCUCUCUUUAUAGUUUAUACUCUUCUUAUCCUACUGUUAUACAUCUCAAUCCACAAGCUUUAAAUGAUGUUGUGUUCUAUAAAAAGCCAAACACCAUCUCUUUUUUUCUUAGCCUCCAAGGGGUUAUUUUUUGUCAGCUUCCUCUAGCAGCUACUCCUCAGUCCUCAUCAGUCCCCAAUAUUGUUACCCUCCCUUUCCUCCUAGCCUUGUUCUCUUGGCUUUUGCUUCCACUUUUGUACAUAAACCAUGGGUUCAGCACAAAAGCUAGAACUACACGGGGAUCAGUCAAGAAAUGGGUCUAACAUGCCAUCUUUGAAUAACCCAUGGCCGCGGCCACCUUCGACGGCGGUGCAGCCACUGCGCAUGCCACCUGCACCACCAAUGGCAAUUCCAUUGAUAUCCCUCAAAGAAGAGCCUGAUGAUCAUGGGGAAGACAAACCGCCUAUACCGAUGGCCAGGUCGUCACAGCCGCUGCCCAUGCCAACGUCUUUACAAAUGAGACAGCCGGUAGCUCCACCUACGCCGCCGAAAAGAACUUCCACAAAAGACAGGCACACUAAAGUGGAAGGGCGAGGGAGAAGAAUCAGAAUGCCAGCCACUUGUGCAGCCAGGGUGUUUCAGUUAACCAAAGAGCUCGGCCACAAGUCUGACGGCGAGACCAUCAGAUGGCUCUUGGAGCAUGCGGAGCCAGCCAUCAUUGCCGCCACCGGUACCGGCACCGUUCCUGCCAUUGCCAUGUCAGUUAACGGUACCCUAAAAGUCCCCACCACCUCCCCUGCGGCUGCUGAUAACAGUAACACCGUCAAAAGGAAACGCAAGCGUCCAUCCAAUUACAGUGCUGAUCAGCACGUAAAUAUGCCCACCAACACCGACGACAAUGUUGCCACCAGCAGCGGUAAUACUAGCACCAGCAGCACCCCCACCAUGUCCACAUUUUCCAGUAACAAUCCCUCCAUUUUGGCCCCAUUAAUGGCAAUACAGCCUAGUACUAGUACUACUAAUGCAUUUCCAGCUCUGGUUCAGAACCCGGCGAUUCUACAGGUCCCGUUGGUAGCUGCUAUUCCACUAGUAACAAAUAUUUCGCCAACAUUUUUCAUCCUCCCUCCUCCUCAAGUGCCAUCAUCAUCAUCAACCAACGUUCCUAGUCAUGUUGCAGCGAAUCAGCCUCAAAUUCUGGCGAUUCCCCCGAAUGUGAAUGUGACCCCGUUCAUCAACGUUUCCGCCAGGCCGAUUUCAGCAUUCAUUGCAUCAUCAUCUACAACACCAUCCGAUGCAAAUGCGUUGAAUAUUCAGCAAUUGCCAAGAUUUUUAAAUGUGGUGGGGGGCCCGACAACAAUGGAAAACCUUCGAGUAAAUUCUAGUGCUACGUUGUUGCCUUCUUCUUCUUCAACCUCAUCCGAUAAAUCUCCUAGCACGAGAACACAGGUUUUGAGGGAAUUUUCCUUGGAGAUUCAUGAUAAGCAUGAGCAGCAAAAUUAAUUGAGCAUUGGGGAUUUUUUUUUUUAAAUAUUUUUUUUUUUUGGGGAAUUUGGAUAUUAUAAUUUUUGUUGGGAAGUGGGCACGGAAUUGUACGUCCAAAGAGGCCCAUAAAUUUGGAGCACGUGAGAGGUGGUUGGGAAUCCUGCACGUGUGAAGAGGAUCAUGUAAGGUUAGGCAGGUGUAGGAUGGGGGAGGGGUUUGG